AGACGGUCGCGGCUGCACGUGGGUGAAAUUUGGAAACUUACAGGCGCCACCAUGGAUACACCGCUCAGGCGCAGCCGGCGGCUGGAAGGCCUAAACCCUGAGUCCCCCGACACCCCCAGCUCAGUUUUACAGGCGAGACGGGCCCUUGUGGAGUUCAGGUCGGACCCAGAAGAAACGAGGGAGCCUGGGUCACCUCGGAGUGCGCGGCAACCCGGCCUGGAGUCCCCCCGACGUCAGCCGGAGACAAGCCCGGGAUCGCCUAUUCUACCGCAGGGUGCAGGCUUGGGGUCCCCCCGAAGGGAGCCAGAGCCGGGCCCAGGGUCCCUCCAGCGCCAGCAAGAUCCAGGCCCGGAGUCGCCCCCAAUACUUCCGGAGUCGGGUCCAGAAUCCCCCGGAUUUCAGCCAAAGCUAAGUGGGGAGUCCGCAGAGUCCUCCCAGGCCCAAGAAGAACUGGACUCGGAGUUGGCCCUGAAUAAGAAGGAGCUGGCCCCGGGGUCUCCCCGACAUCAGCUGCAGCCGGGCCCAGCAUCACCAGAGCCUUACCUGGGUCAGCAAGCGCCGGGUCCGGAGCCCUCGCGGCCACUACAGGAGCUGACAGCGCAGUCACCCGGCUCCCCCCGGGGUCAGCAUGAGCCGAGCAAACCACCUCCGGCCGGCAAGACGGUGAGAAGCGGCCUCGGGGCAAAGAAGCGGACGAGCUCUUCAGCCCAGGCCCCAGCGUCCAAGAAGUUGAAGGAGGUGGAGGAGGUUCCUGUAAUCCCUAAGGGAAAGCCCAAAUCGGGGCGGGUGUGGAAGGACCGCUCCAAGAAAAGGUUCUCCCAGAUGGUUCAGGACAAGCCCCUGCGCACAUCCUGGCAGCGGAAGAUGAAGGACCGGCAAGAGAGGAAGCUGGCCAAGGACUUUGCUCGGCACCUGGAGGAGGAGAAGGAGAGACGCCGGCAGGAGAAGAAACAGCGCCGGGCCGAGAACCUGAAACGCCGCCUGGAGAAUGAGCGGAGGGCAGAGGUCGUCCAAGUGAUCCGAAACCCUGCCAAACUCAAGCGGGCAAAGAAGAAGCAGCUGCGCUCCAUCGAGAAGCGGGACACGCUGCCGCUGCUGCAGAAGCAGCACCCCCAGCGGCCAGCGGCCAAGGUCUGAGUCCGGGACACGUAGAGGCCAUCUGUGGCCCACCACUGUGUCAGACACCGCACUUCUCCGGCCGCUGUCACGUGCCUCUGCGGGUCUCGGCCCUGCAACUCUAGCCCCACUCCACCCCACCCCACCCCAGAGGGGCUCUGAGCCUUUGAGGACUCUGGGGCCCGGCAGAGACUAGAGGAGGGAAGAGGUUCAGCACCCCCUGCCUCCUUCCCCCUCCUUCAAGUGCCUUGCAACCAAGAAGAGUAAAUUCUCUGGUUCCUCGGGGAGCUAACAUCUG